GCGCACGGCACCACCGCAGCGGCAGUCGCGCCCGGACCGCGCCGCCGCUCGCACGUUUACUCCGCGCCGGCGCACGCCGCUCCGCCCGUCGCACGCUCCACGAGUUCACCACGACCGGCUCGCCGCGCGCCCCGUCUGCCCGCUCGCGCCCCAUGUCCAGCUGACACCGCAAGCAUCGUUCGCACCAGCCCGCGUCCCCAACACGCAACUACAAAAUGAUCCCGCGACGCAAGCACAACGAAUCGUCCGGCUCCUUGCCGCCGCCGGACGACAAGCACGCCAGCAACGACUACAUACUAUCGGACAGCGCGUCACGUGAUCGUCUGUGCGCCGCGCUUCGUCGUCGCUUCAACCGCAAGACCCUUCACAAGCGCGUGCCCAUCACGGCAUGGCUGCCACAAUACAACAUGGAGAAGGCGGUGGGUGACCUGAUCGCCGGCAUCACGGUGGGGCUGACGGUGAUCCCGCAAUCACUGGCGUAUUCGAACAUCGCAGGGCUGCCUCCGCAGCACGGGCUGUACGGCUCAUUCCUGGGCUGCUUUGUGUACAUCGUGCUGGGGGGGUGUCGUGCCGUGCCCGCGGGACCCACUGCCAUCGCCUCGCUGCUCACGUGGCAGGUGGCCGGCGGCGUGGUGGAGAAGGCAGUGCUACUUAGCUUCCUGGCGGGCAUCGUUAAACUGUUAAUGGGUGUGCUGGGGCUCGGCUUCCUGGUCAACUUCGUGUCGGGUCCGGUAUCCUCCGGGUUCACAUCGGCGGUGGCUCUGAUGAUCGCCACGUCGCAGGUGAAGGACCUGUUCGCCAUCACUGUCACCGGCGACACGUUCCUGCAGCAGUGGAUCUCCAUCUUCCGUAACCUGCACAGCGCCGCGCUCUGGGACCCCGUGCUCGGCUUCGUCUGCAUUGCGCUACUGCUGCUCAUGAGGAAAAUAGGAAUGACUAAACUGGGGGCCAAAUCCGAAUCAGGACCGAAUACGCGCCAAAAAGUUAUCACCAAAUGCAUGUGGCUUUUGGGCACUUGUCGCAACGCUAUCGUGGUAGUAGCGACCGGCGUGCUUGGCUACUGGCUGGUUGCUACCUACGGACACUCGCCGGUUCGGCUCAUGGGCGUUAUCCCGUCGGGCGUGCCGGUGCCGCAGCUGCCGCCGUUUAGCUACGUGCGAGCCGACAAUACCACCGCCGACUUCGUAGAUAUGGUCUCCGAGCUGGGCUCCGGGUUGCUGGUGAUCCCGCUCAUCGUGCUGCUCGAGGACAUUGCCAUCUGCAAAGCGUUCUCCGAUGGUCGUACCAUUGACGCCACCCAAGAAAUGAUCGCACUCGGCGUGGCCGGCAUCGCCAACUCCUUCAUGCAGGCAUAUCCGGGUGGUGGCUCGCUCGCGCGCUCUGUAGUCUGUAAUGGUUCUGGCGUGAAGACCACCUUCAACGGCUUAUAUACUGGUUUAAUGGUGAUAUUGGCACUGCAGUUCUUCACCCAGUAUUUCGAAUUCAUUCCGAAGGCUGCGCUGGCCGCUGUCAUCGUUUCCGCUAUUCUGUUUAUGGUCGAAUAUAACGUGAUCAAACCUAUGUGGCGCGCCAAAAAGUUAGACCUCAUCCCAGGUGUCGGCACGUUCGUGCUGUGUCUCACGCUGCCAAUCGAGCUGGGUAUCCUCACCGGUGUUAUAGUGAACAUCAUCUUCAUCUUGUACCACGCGGCGCGUCCCAAGUUCUCUGUGGAGAUGUUGAAGACGGAGGCGGGCGUGGAGUACCUGAUGAUCACGCCGGACCGCUGCUUGAUGUUCCCGUCAGUGGACUACGUGCGGCGACUGGUGAUCAAGUUCGCGGCGAGCGGCUCUGUGCCCGUGGUGCUCGAGUGCACGCACAUCUACAGCGCUGAUUACACUGCCGCCAAGAGCAUCGAGCAGCUGACGGCCGACUUCCAUGCGCGUCGGCAGCCGCUGUACUUCUACAACGUAAAGCCCUCCGUGUGCUCCAUCUUCGAGGCGGUCGCCAAACCAGAGCACUUCGUGGUGUUCUACGAGGAUGAGGAGCUAGACCGGCUGCUGGCGGCCGACGACAGACUAGCGCCCGUCAAGCAGCCGCCGCCGCCACACCACGCGUGAACCUUCUCAUACGUCACGCGACCCUUACCGAGCAAGAAAUAUUUUCAGAGAUUGAUUUAAAGGAGUGUGAUAUUUUGCAGAGAUAAGACGAUAUUAUUAUACAAGUAAACAUAGCUAUAUGUAUACUGUAGGAGCGGUCUGUACAUACGUUAACGUAUCCAGUAGUAGUGCCGCCGGUCCCGCGUCCAUCGGCGCCGCGCCGCGUCGAUGUAAAACUCCCGACUCCCGCUUGCGGCGAGCUUAAGGCUGUGCGACUUGCGAGCUGUGAUCCGAGCUCCGAGCGCCGCGCAGAGCCGAGCCUCAGCGCCCCGGAGCGCACCCUAGUAUUAUCAAUGUUCUAAUAGAAACUUAAUGUGAACACAAAAAGCAACAGAUCGUGAUAGUUGUCGUAGUGGUUAAGUAACGAUUUUAUUUAUUUUUAGGUGAUUAAAGUACAACUUAGGAUACUA